GUCGGUCAAUGUCAAUUGUCAAUCUUCGAUUUACAUUAUCUUGAUUUGACCUGUUUUAUAAAAUAAAAAGAAAAUAUAAUUGAAAUCGUUAUUCGAUUGCAUCGAAGAUGUCAAAUAAUCAAGGUCCCAAUAUGCCAACAAUCGGAACAAUAAACCAAGGUAUCCAAUACGUCAACAAUCCAUUGCAAAGCCCCCAACUUCAGUCGACUUCACUUCAGGGUUCGCCUUCUCAGCACAGCCCAAUGGGUACACAGGCACAAACAGGAGCCAAAGUCAGCCAAACAGGAUCUGGCGACCAAGCUACGCAGUUACUCAGUCGUCCUCGUCUCCAAGAGUUAGUGCGCGAGGUCGACCCCACAGUGCAACUUGAUGAAGAAGUAGAAGAGAUGCUUCUACAACUUGCUGAUGAUUUCAUAGAUACAACAUUAAAUGCAGCAUGUGCUUUGGCUAAACACCGACACGCUCCUACUGUGGAGCUCAAAGAUGUUCAGUUACAUUUAGAAAGACAAUGGAAUAUGUGGAUUCCAGGUUUUGGUAAUGAUGAGUUGAGACCUUACAAACGAGCAGCAGUCACAGAAGCCCACAAACAACGAAUGGCACUCAUCAGAAAGACUAUCAAGAAAUACUAACAUUCAAGUGACUCUAAUCUUAGUGGAAAAUGACAAUGCAGAUGAUGCUCUGCCCUGAAUUUUUUUAAGUGAUGUGAUGAUAAUCUUGUUAGUGAUAUGGAGUGGAAAAAUCAUCUCUUAUUUUAGGUAUACCGGUUAUAAAAUUGUUAUCUUCUAGAAUUGAUAGGAAUAUGAAGUAAUUAUUAAUAUAAUAUUGCGAUAAUUGUAUAGGUUUAAUUAUAUUCAAAAUUAUUUUAAUAACAUUUCAAAAUUGUGGUAGCUCUCAUUUUGUUUAUCACAUAUAUAUUACCGUAUUUUAUAUUGUGGUUGGUGUAUAAAACUUGAUUAUGAUUGAAUUUUGUUUCUAAUGAAUUCAUCAUUGAAUAUAGAGGCAAUAGAAUUGAGACAAUCAACACAGAAGCAUACAAUUUCUAUCAAUAAAUAAUAUAUAUUUUUU